CCCACGCCAGGCUGACGUGAUGGCGUCAUGCCCGGCCGGGCAGCUUCCUGUUAUCACCGGCUGGGAGGCCGCAGUUUCCGGUCAGAGGCUAAAGGGUACAGUCUGGAGGAAGUUCUCGUGCUCUUCUACCUCGGAGGUACAUUGGGGAAUAGCAAGAGAGGAAGAGAACCAUGGCAAGAGAAAUAGAAGGAAAUGAGAAGCUGAGUUCAUUCUGUGCUGUGGAUGCUCCUUUGUGCUGUAGCUGUCAUGUGACGAUCUAAGUGAACUGCUGGAGGAGUGGCAAUGCUUUCAACUGUGGAAAACGGGCUAGACCCUAAGGCACCUAUCACGGUGAUUAAGAGGAAGCUGGUGAGGUCUGUGAAGGCACUGCAGAAACAGUAUGCAGCCUCCGAUGACGUUGUCACCAGCGAAGAUGGAGAUGCCAACAUCAUGUGCAGUGCCUUGGAGGCUGUGUUCAUCCAUGGCCUGCAACCUAAGUACAUCAAGGCUGAUGCUGGAGGAAAGAGGAAGAAAAAAGGUGGCCAGACACUUCUGCCCCAACCAGCUUUCUGGCCUCUCUUGAAAAUCAUCACUCACAGAAACACAAUUACCGAUUUAGAGCAUUUAACCUUCAUCAGUACAGAUGUUGGCCGCUGUCGGGCAUGGCUGCGGCUGGCCCUGAAUGAUGGGCUGAUGGAGUGCUACCUGAAAUUGCUUCUGCAGGAGAAAUCCCAGCUCUAUAAGUACUAUCAGCCAACGGCCUUGCUACUAGAUCCUGAGGAAAGUGAGAUCUUCCUCAGCUUAUUACAAGGAUUGACUUCCUUGUCCUUUGAAUUAUCCUAUAAGUCUGCCAUCUUAAAUGAGUGGACCAUCACGCCACUGGCACUGUCUGGCCUUUGCCCAUUAUCAGAGUUGGAUGCUUCAACUGGAGGUUCAGAAUUAUACCGGAAGAAGUCCCUGGAUUCCAUUUCACAAUCUUCAGGCUCUGAGGACAUUGAGGUCCAGCACUCAAGCAAUAAGAUUAGAUGUGGCAUGAAGCUUGCUUCAUCCUCUCUCAGCCUCAAUACAGCCAGCUCCUCUCAGUUGUCCUGCAGCCUUAACUCAGAUAGUUGCCUCCACCAAGAGAAUGGUACCAGGAGCCCUGCCCGCUCUGAGGAGCCCAUGUCCUAUGACUCAGACCUAGGGACUGCAUACACCUUUGAUUCAGACUCUUUGCAAGACACUACAGCACACCUGCAUUUGGAUGGAUCUGCAGGACCGCUCACGGCCCCAAGAUGCCCUUUGGAUUUCAACCACAAGCAAGUGCCAGUACUCCUGAUUUCAGGUGCCCUGAGGUUGCCUCAGCCCUGUUUGACUGGCACUGAUGAUACAGGCAGGAGUUCAUCCCCACAGCUUCAUAGCCCUAAGGAAGAGUCCCAAGCAGCCAGUGCAUCAGAUGACCAGGAGCCGAGCCAGGAGCAUGACAGCUCUGAGAUGGAUUAUUACCUCACUUCUUCUGCUCCUUCUCCAGAAAGCAAGAGCUGGAUCUCAGAAGAUGAUUUCUAUCGGCCUUCUCCUGAGAGGGUCCCAGAUAGUGCUUCAGAUCUCUCUGGGGGUGGGACCCCAGAGACAAGACCUGAAGUCCACAAUCCUGCUUCUGAAGGGCCAAGGAAGAACCACUCUGUGGAGCCCUUGGAUCAAGCUUGUGUGCCUUCCUUGGAAGCCGGGCCAACCAAGCCGGUCCCUGAUCCGGAGUACAAACACUUCUGGGUGGUCCAUCGGAGACAGAUCGGGCUCUACAACCCCUUCAGGGGCCUCAUAAAGCUGGGCACACUGGAACGCCGUGGGGCCAUGGGCAUCUGGAAAGAGUUCUUCUGUGAGCUCUCUCCACUUGAGUUCCGCCUCUAUCUGAAUGAUGAGGACCGUGAGUGUGUAGAGAACUGCUCCCUUCUUCGAUGUGAGUCAGUGGGGCCAGCCCAAAGUGAUGGGCGCUUUGAGUUGGUAUUCUCCAACAAGAAGCUGACACUGCGUGCUCCCUGCCAGGAUGAAGCCGAGGACUGGUUGGAUCGAUUGCAUGAAGCACUGCAAAAAUGCCGACCUCAGCAAGAACAAGAAUGGGAAACACUCCAGCCCUCUGACCCACUGGAAGAUCUAGAUCAACCCCAGGGCAUCAACUUUAGCCACCCAGUCCCAGUCUCCCAGGAGGAAGCAUCUUUAGGUGGCCAUUUUGAUUGGCCAUUUCAACUGAUGCCUGAGCUAGAUGCUAUUAAAGAAUCCGUUCUUUACGUGCAAACAGAGAAGACCUGGACUCCCUUAAUUUUUUCCUUGUCUUUAGAGUCUCUAAAAUGCUUCAAAAUAAGAAACAAUGAAAAGAUACUAAGUGAUAGCCAUGGGAUUGAGACAAUCCGAGAUAUUCUCCCUGACACAAGUCUGGGGAGCCCGGCUUUCUUUAAAAUCAUCACAGCCAAGGCCACCUUGAAACUGAAGGCUCAGAGUGCAGAGGAGGCAGCAGACUGGAGAGAGCUUGUGCGGAAAGUAUUAACAUCCUAUUUGGAAACAGCAGAAGAGGCACUGACUCUUGGUGGAAGUCUAGAUGAAAAUUCCCAAGAAAUCUUGAAGUAUGCAACAGGGAAAAAUGGCUUCCUGUUGCAGUACCUGGUAGCCAUCCCCACAGAGAAAGGACUGGAUUCCCAAAGCUUCUUUUGUGCAGGCUGCUCCAGACAGAUUGGAUUCUCAUUUGUGAGGCCCAAGCUCUGUGCCUUCUCUGGCCUCUAUUACUGUGACAUCUGCCACCAGGAUGACAGUUCAGUGAUUCCAGCCAGGCUCAUCCACAACUGGGACCUCACUAAACGCACUGUUUGCCGCCAGGCCCUAAAAUUCCUAACCCAAAUCCGGAACCAGCCCCUCAUCAACCUACAGUUGGUGAAUAAGUCUCUUUAUGACCAUGUGGAGCGGAUGAACCAUAUCUGGAGAAGCCGGGAGCAGCUUAAGCUCCUAGGUGACUACCUGACCUUGUGCAGAAGUGGGGCCCUGAAAGAACUGAGCAAACGCCUCGAUCACCGAAACUAUCUCCUAGAGUCUCCUCACAAGUACAGCGUUGCUGACCUCCAGCAGAUCGCUAAUGGGAGUUUUGAGGGAUUCCUGCAGGAUCUGAUCCAGUUUGCUUCCCAGCAUGUCUAUCACUGUGACCUGUGCACCCAGCGAGGCUUCAUCUGCCAAAUCUGCCACCACAAUGGCAUCAUCUUCCCUUUUGAGUUUGAUACCACAGCGCGGUGCAGAGAGUGCAAAACUGUCUUCCAUAGUAGCUGCCAACCCCUGAUGAAGAACGGAUGUCCCCGUUGUGCCCGCAGAAGGAAGUAUCAGGAGCAGAGUCUUUAUGCCUAACCCUUUGCCAUCAGCCUUGUGUGCUUCUCUACCUCAGGCCACCAGGGAAAAGAAGACGCGGGUUUAACAUUCAAAUGCAUUUCCAGCAGGGACAGCCUGUGCAGACUAAGGGUGGGGAAAAACCAUCAUCUAUCUCCCCCCCCCCGCUUUCAGCAUUGACUGGAGGGCUCCCCCGGGGUGAUUCCAUAGCAGUCACCCCACCUUUCCCUCCCCUGGCAUGUGAGCACCCCGGUAAAGCAACAGAAGAAGCAUCACUCAAUUCACAUAUGGAACACAAGAAGCUUGUGCUGCCAUGGAACACCCCGAAAGACUCUGCUGCCCCUAUUUGCACUAAUCAGCUACUAGCCUUUCUGGGGCCUCCACGUCACCUCACUUCACCUCAGCUGAGUCAGCCACUGGCACCCACUGUGGAAACAAGACUUACGGACAUUCUCAAUUCUGCAUUACUGAUUAAAAGUUCUAGUUUUCUAAGAUAUACUUUUUCUUUCCUCCCUUUGAGUGGAAAAAAUAUUUUUUAUAUUUGAACUCUGCCCAGGCCCCCCAAGAUAUGCAGUCCAGCUCAUGCUGGAGUGGGAACACAGUGGCUCUUUGAAACAUCACAGAAGAUGGGGGGCAGCCCUGGGCAGGGUUUAGAUGCCUGCUGUUUGUCCUGAGGGGCCCUGCCCAACUCCUUUGGAGCAACCUUGUGCCAAAUAGCCCCGAGUGCCUGGUGGUGGAAUCAGGGCCCAGGGAGAUGCUCGUUCUUUUUCCUUUUUCAUCUCUCCUCACAACUGAGAAUCCUGGCCCCCUUCUUUUUGGGGAGGAGCUUUGGACUGCCUUGUCUGCUUCUCAGCUUGGAGCCUGGUCCCAACUGGAGACUACCACAGAAUGACUCAAAACCAGCACUAAAAGCACUUUCCACCUUGUUCUUUAGGAACAUCGACCAGUGUCCUGCUUCUCUCCCCCUGACCGACGGCCUCAAAUGAGGAGGGGCAGAGAUGGCGCAGCAGGUCAGGAGUGGUCCGCAGGAGCUUCUGACGCCGUCUCCUUGACCUGCUCUCGUUUGUCACUGCCUAUGACGGAGGCUUGGCUGCUCUUCCUGGGGCAGGCUGUGAUGAUUGGCCUCAGGGGUACCUGGCAUCCAUUCUCACCACAGUUCUCCCAGGCCUUGAGGUGCAACAGUGGCUUCUCCAUCGGCCACAGGAGCCUCUACCUGGCACACCCCUUUCCCUAGCUGGUCCCAAUGAAGGAUGAGCACAGGGUGGGGAAGGAGCCUGUGUGGUAGUGCGACUGCCCAGACAAUUCCUGCUACAAGCCUCGUGUUUAAAGGGAAAUCUAAUCUCCUCUUUUCAUGAAGCCAUUAUUUUAUGAGACAUUUUUCGACUCAUCCAUUAGAGAGGCAUUAUAAGAGACUAUAAAGUUGUUUAUUAACAGAACUAGCAUUAGAAUGGGGGGAAGGGGAGGAGCAUGUGUUUUUUUCUUCAAACAAAUGAGGUGCUCACCCCCAGGGGGGUUCAGGUGACUCAUCUGUUUUCAUCCACCAGCCGGCAUGGCCCCCUGCAGAAGAAUCCAUUCCUAGGCCAAUGCCUCAGCCUAGCUACCUGCAGAUUAAGGGCACAAGGUGGCUAUUAUUGCUCGAGCUGUCAGGGAUGUUCCCCUUCCCUCCCCUGCCCCCACCCCAGGAGGUGGCUGCUUGGGCUGACUAAGCUCCUGAGUCACCUGCCUAACCUGCAGCACUGUCUGCAUUGUGCAAUGGAUGGAGGCAGAGGGUGGGUGUGGGGAGGCUGCUUCCAUUCCUGCUCCCUAUUGCCACCUGCAGACAGCCAAGUACCCAGGCCCUCUGCAGCCACUUGGGAACCACCCCGACAAUGACCACAAUUCAUUGAAAGCCUUAACUGACCCAGUUUUCCCAGUCACUCAGCCAUGUGUCUGUGUGUGUUUGUGUUGGGGGUGGGGAGAGUAUGAACGUGUUCGGGCUCUGUAUACUGACUGACUUUUUUCCAAUAUCUGAUGGAUGGGUCCUCCCUCAUCCUACCCAGAUGUGACCCUGCCUCCUUAUCACUGUUCUCUGGGUUUCUUUGCAUUCAUUUUUAACCCCUCCCAGAUUAGCCCCCCAAAUCUACAUGUUUUUACAAGUGUCGACUUACUCCCUCUCUGGCGCAAACUGAAAACUAAGUGGAUUCCAAAUGGUGCCCAUUCGGUUUUGUGUGUUUAAUUUUAUUUUAUACAAUAAAUCAUUUCUUGUGAGUGGGACUCUCCCUGAGGAGUGAUUUGCAUCAAAUGUACUCCCUGCU